AUGAAAGUACCGCCGCUCGUGACGGCGCUUGGUGGGGCGGUCACGACUUUGCUCAUCGUGUCUGUGUGGCUGGCAUGGCAGCUGCAUCAGCUUAACGUGCGGUUAGCCGACACUGCGGUGCAUCGUCAUGUCAACUUGGCCGUGGUGCCGCCACCCACGCCAUCCGCGCCGUCAACACCCCCACCGAUUGAACUACCCGAUUGGCGGCAAGCAUUCGACCGAUCCGAUUACACUUGCGUGGGUUGGUACGAAACGGGCAAUUGCGACGCAGACACUGCGCCCAUCGAUCCGUUGCCAAUACACGACUGCCACGUUACAAUUCCCACAGGAAGCCCCGGCUUCUGCGCGAUCCAGCACCGAGAGACAGGAGUGAUUCGACGACUCUACACGCGAUGCGACGGCGUGCGCGCACCAUUUCAGUGCAUCCAGACUUCCAACAUUUGGGAUUACGCCGUCGACACCAAAACAUUUGUGUACACGCAUGCGCCGUCCGUGCCGGCGCAGAACCUCCGCGGAUGGAACACCAAAAGAGGCAUCGUAAUGAGCUUGUACCCGAACGCACUAGCGACUGGAUAUGCUGCGAUUCGACAGCUUCGCGCAGUGGGAUGCGCGCUGCCCAUUGAAAUCUGGAUCGUCCAAGAAGAAAUGCUCGCGACGGACGCAAUCCUGCACGCGCUCGUUGAAUCGGUACGCCACCAGUACAAUUGCAUGGUUCGAUACGUUGAAGACCCCCUCGCGCGCAGGUUUUACGUCAAGCCGUACGCAAUCUACCACAGUUUGUUUGAUCAAGUGUUAUUCCUGGAUGCCGAUAACUUUGCCGUUCGCGACCCAUCCUACUUGUUUUCGCGCCCCGAGUUCGUCCAAACAGGAGCGAUGUUUUGGCCAGAUUUCUGGCAGCCCAACAACACGAUCUUUGGCGUGACGGACCGCAGUUUGUUGUGGGAGAUACUUGGCAUCCCGUUUGUUGACAUGUUUGAGCAAGAGUCGGGGCAAUUGGUGAUUGACCGCCGGAAGAGCAGGAAACCCCUCGCCGUCCUCAUGCGGUUGGCGUUCGGGCUGCCGCGCUUGCUGCACGACAUGGACCUGAUUUGGGGUGACAAGGACCUGUUUCGCCUGGCUUGGCUGCAAGCGAACCAUCCAUUUCAUAUGAUCGAAAAGCCGCCGGGAGCGGCGGGACUCAAGCAUCGCGACUUCGACUUGUUUUGUGGUCAUACCAUGGUGCAGCACGACCCCGAUGGCCAGAUUCUGUUUUUGCAUCGGAACACGUUCAAGUUGACAGGAGCCGCACAUGUCCCCCUGCUCUGGAGCCACAUUCAAGACUUUCGACGAUCCAAGGCCGACGUCGACUACGUCGUGCGAUUCGCGCAUGGAGGCGAGGCGUUCGAGGAUUUUCGGUGCUUCGGCAACGAUACCAACUACAGCCCAGCGUUUGAAGUCCGGCCGUUCGCCGAGUACCCGUUUGCCUCGAUCGAAGUGCACCAUGGCGUCGAGUUGGAUGUUGUGACUGAUGCUGUCGUCUCUGCCAUCGUGAAAGCUGCUUCGUACGACGACGUCUUGGAUCAUCUCGUUGCUGCCGUGGGCGAAGUCGACGCCAAGGCCAUUCUCGUGGCGAUCAAAUGGAUUCUCGUGCACGCAGCCAAGUACAACGUCCAGGAAGGCGUGUUGCUGUCUGAAGUCCAGCAACUCGGUUUGCCAUCGGACGCCGCGCGGACGCUCACGUCCGUGUUUCACUUGCACCAGCACUCGCUUCGCCGCCAUUUGCAGCUGCACAACACACUGGCAACCUCGACUGCCGUGCCUUGCAAGUGGCAAUUGUCGUACGCAAUAACAAGUGCUGCGCCUCCCAUCCCGACCAUCGAAAUGUCCUUGGGUGGGUCCAGCGCUACCACAUCAUUUGACGUGGAUGUGCGAACAUUUCGUGCCUUGCACUACGAGCUUCGCGCUGCUCAAGCGCUUCUGGCGGCGUCCGUGUCGAAUGUGGCGUAG